CUCUCAUCAUCACUUCGACGUCGGAACUCGGACAUCGCCGAUCCGCCGGCAAUCUUUGGUCCAUCUCAUUUGUUUCAGACCAUGCAGCCUAAUAGCAACUUAGCCAUCCUCACCCAGUCUCACAAGGCAAUCGCUGCAAAGCGGCGCAAAAAGAACAGCCAGAUAAAAGAAAUCGUCUUUGACGACGAUGCUCGCAGGGAAUUUCUCACCGGCUUCCACAAGCGCAAGCUUGCCAAAAAGGAGGAAGCCAAGAAACGUGCACAACUCAGGGAGAAACAACAGCGGCUGGAGUUGCGUCGGGAGCGUCGACGCGCACUCGCCGAACGGGUUGCGCGAAAUGUCGCCGAAGUUGAAAAGGCUUGCGGAGCUAUCGUAGACGAAGACGACCACGACGACCACGACGGGAAUAGUGUCGAUAAUAAUGCCAGCGAGAUCGGGGAGGAGUACGAAGGAGAGGAGCAACUGGCCACCGUCACCGUAGUGGAGGAUUUCGACCCAGCUGCACUUCUCCACGAAGAACAGCAUCCCAAGUCCGCGACACCUCUUCGGAUUUCAACAUCUCAGUUGCCCGCAGCAGUGGAGCAAACACGAAAAAACCAGCGACAGCGUAAUUCUGCUGCCAAAAGCAAGUCGAAAAAGAGGUCCAAGGUGAAAUAUCAAACUAAGGCAGAGCGUGCUGCAGAACGAGCAAAACAAAAAUCACGCCACACAGAAAAGGCUGAGCGUGCAGGUGGAAAAGCAUCAAGGAAGAAAAAAAGAUGGUGAAAUCAAGGACGUGUUAAUACCUUCUAGUAUUCAUUAGCAUUCAUUAGUGUACUUAUACGAUCAGAAAGGCAAGGCUGACACG